UGUCAACUCCUCCCCAAUCGAAAGGUUAUUGUGUAGUUGAACAGCUCCUUCUUCUGCAUUUCGGAUUUAUAACGGACACAAUGGAUAUCUCGCAAAAUACCUCAGUGCCGUGGCAUGGUGGAACUUGGCAAGAAGGACAUUCGGGUGGCUCUCUCUUGUUGCGCGCCAUUCUAGCUUUGUUAGUUGCCUCUAGUAUCGGUCAAGUUAUAUACAACUUGUAUUUGCAUCCUCUGAAAGAUAUCCCUGGACCAUUGUUGGCGAGAUGUUCGUUGUUGUGGCGCUUCCGAUAUUGCAUGGGUGGCUACUGGCAUCUCCACAUCCAGAAAGCACAUAAGCACUACGGAGACGUAAUACGUGUAAGCCCGAACGAGCUAUCCUUCGCCAGCGCCAAAGCUUGGAAGUCCGUGUACGGCGUCCAAAAAGGCGCACCUAUCACGAAAAAUGAAUUCUGGGAUAUGAUAGGUCUUGGAUUCGAUGAAGGUUCGAUCGGUUCAGAGCGAGACUAUCAUCUUGCCGCACAGAAGCGUGACUUGUUUGCGGAUGCCAUGUCCAAUCGAAACGUGGCACAGCAGGAGCCGAUCUUACAGGCCUUCGUCAGUCUGUUCCUCGAUAAGAUGGGAAAGUUAGGAAAUACCGAACAGGGCUUGGACAUGGGCCAGUGGUUCUUGUACUUCGGCUUCGACGUAGGCACGAAGAUGGCUUUUGGGGAAUCAUUUGAAUGUCUCGUCAGAGAGACUGCACACGAAUGGCUUACUCUUGUCCUGCCACUUUUCUUUUUUAUAAACAUCGCAGAUAAUUUUAGGCGAAUCCCGUUGGUUGUGCCCUUGCUCAAGUUGAUUCCCAUGGGAUGGCUGCGGGGAGUCCGCGGGAAGAUUGUGAAGUAUUCCAAAGACCAGACUGCAAAGCGCCUUUUAAGAUCGGGUCCGCAGAAUGACUUUUUUGACAAUUGUGUUGAAAAGGUUCAGCAAGGCGAUGUAACCGAAGAGGAAAUGGCGUCCCACCUGUUUACGUUUAGUGUUGCAGCAGGCGAGACCCAAGCGACUUCCAUGACUGGGAUCCUGUACAACUUGCUCGCAAAUCCGGAGAAGCGCGAUGAGCUUCAGCGUGAAGUCCGGGGGGCAUACAAGAACACUCAUGAUAUGGAUGUUGCCACGCUACUCAAGCUACCGUACCUCCAGGCGGUGCUCAAGGAAGGUAUGAGGAUCCAUCCCGCCGUGCCACAGGGUCUCCCUCGUGCCUCACCCGGGACCAUGAUCGAGGGCGUCUAUGUUCCUCAAGGAACCGAAGUGUACGUGUCUGCGUGGUCGACGAGCCAUGAUGAGCGGUAUUUCCACGAUCCGGACACAUUCAAACCGGAGCGCUGGAUCGACCCAGCAUGCCAGGAUGUAAAGGAAGCCAGCCAGCCGUUUGGUCUUGGGCCUCGAGUAUGUCCAGGAAAGCGUCUUGCGUAUGCUCAAAUGUCGAUACAACUAGCGAAGAUGAUAUAUACUUAUGACAUGGAGCUCCUGGACAGUAGCCGAGAUUGGAAUUCUGGUUGCAAGACCCACUACUUCUGGUGGAUGCCACCUCUGAACGUGCGCUUCCGACCACGCGCGAGUCUUGGCGCGUGAGCAAUGUUCAGCAUGUCGUCUUCAAUAAUAGAGGUGGAAAUAUUACUUUCAAGAUUGCAAGACAUACGACAUCAAUGAUAUAUAGCUUUGCUUUGAUCGUGUUAAAUAGACUCAGACGAAUAUCUAAAGCGGC